CGGGGCAGGAAGAGUGAGGGCGAGAGCCACUCUGCGGGCGGCCGGCGCUGGGCUGGUGACCAGGACUCACCGCGACCUGCGCCCCCUGUGCCUCGUGCGCCCCGCGUCCCCCGCGACCCCUAGACCCGGCGGCAAUGGGAGCCGGCUACUGGCGCGGACCACGCCUCUGAGACCCGCGACCGGCCACCGGGACCAUGAAGAGCAAUCAGGGCCGCAAGGGCGGAGGGGGCUCCAAGGACCUCCGCGCGGGACUCAAGUACAACUCGCGGCUGGAGAACAUGAACGGGUUCGAGGAGGGCCUGGAGUUCCUGCCCGUCAACAACACCAAGAAGGUUGAGAAACGAGGCCCCAGGCUCUGGGUGGUGCUGGUGGCUGUGCUUGUCGGCAUCCUCCUGCUCUCCCUCACGGCCGGCCUCCUGGUGUGGCACUUCAAGUACCGGAACACGCGGGUCCAGAAAAUCUUUAAUGGCUACCUGAGGAUCACAAACGAGAACUUUAUGGAUGCCUAUGAGAACCCAAACUCCACUGAGUUUGCAGAGCUGGCCAACAAAGUGAAGGAGGCGCUGAAGCUGUUGUACAGUAGGAUCCCGGUCCUGGGCCCCUACCACAAGGAGUCUGCAGUGACUGCCUUCAGUGAGGGCAGCGUCAUUGCCUACUACUGGUCAGAGUUCAGAAUCCCCAGCCACCUGGUGGAGGAGUCCGAGCGCGCCAUGGCCCAGGAGCAUGCUGUCAAGCUGCCACCCCGCACCCGCACGCUGCACUCCUUCGUGCUGUCCUCAGUGGUGGCCUUCCCCACUGACCCCAGGACAGUACAGAGCAACCGGGACAACAGAUGCAGAUUCGCCCUGCACGCCCGAAGGGGGGAGCUGAUUCGCUUCGCCACACCCGGCUUCCCUAAUAGCCCCUACCCGGCUUCUGCCCGCUGCCAGUGGACGCUGCGGGGGGAUGCCGACUCCGUGCUGAGCCUCACCUUCCAAAGCUUUGACGUCGCACCCUGUGACGACCGUGGCAAUGACCGGGUCGUGGUGUAUGACACCCUGAGCCCCGUGGAACCCCGCACGGUGGUGCGGCUUUGUGGCACCUACCCCCCCUCCUACAACCUGACCUUCCUCUCCUCCCAGAACGUCCUGCUUGUCACACUGAUCAUCAACACUGAGCGGCGACACCCUGGCUUUGAAGCCGCGUUCUUCCAGCUGCCUAAGAUGAGCAGUUGUGGAGGCUAUUUACGUGGAGCCCAAGGGACGUUCACCAGCCCCUACUAUCCGGGUCACUACCCUCCUAACAUCAACUGCACUUGGGACAUCGAGGUGCCCAACAACCGGAAUGUCAAGGUGAUCUUCAAAGUCUUCUACCUGCUGGAGCCCGGUGUGCCCCUGGGCUCAUGCCCCAAGGACUACGUGGAGGUCAACGGGGAGAAGUUUUGCGGCGAGAAGUCCCAGUUUGUGGUUGCCAGCCAGAGCAGCAAGAUCACCGUGCGCUUGCAUUCGGACCAGUCCUACACUGACACAGGCUUCUCGGCUGAGUACCAGUCCUACGACUCCCGUGACCCGUGCCCGGGGAAGUUCACGUGUAACACGGGGCGCUGCAUCAGGAACGAGCUGCGCUGCGAUGGCUGGGCCGACUGCGCCGACUACAGCGACGAGCUCGACUGCCAAUGCAACGCCACCUACCAGUUCACCUGCAAGAACAAGUUCUGCAAGCCCCGCUACUGGGUCUGUGACAACGUGAACGACUGUGGGGACAACAGCGACGAGCUGGGCUGCAGCUGUCCGCAGGAGACCUUCAAGUGUGGCAAUGGGAAGUGCAUCCCGAAGAGCCAGCAGUGUGACGGGCAGGACAGCUGUGGGGACGGGUCCGACGAGGCCACGUGUGACCGCGUGAGUGUGGUCACCUGCACCAAGCACACCUAUCGCUGCCAGAGCGGGCUCUGUGUGAGCAAGAGCAACCCCGAGUGUGACGGGGUGAAGGACUGCAGCGACGGCUCCGAUGAGGAGAACUGCGACUGCGGGCUGCGGCCGUUCAACAGGCAGUCUCGGGUGGUUGGAGGCAAGGAUGCAGAAGAAGGCGAGUGGCCCUGGCAGGUGAGCCUCCACGCCCUGGGCCAGGGCCAUCUGUGCGGGGCUUCCCUCAUCUCUCCCACCUGGAUGGUGUCUGCAGCGCACUGCUUCGAGGACGACAGAGGAUUCAAGUACUCGGACCCCACCCUGUGGACGGCCUUCCUGGGGCUGCACGACCAGAGCAAGCGCAGCGCAGAGGGGGUGCAGGAGCGUGGGCUGAAGCGCAUCAUCAGUCACCCGUCCUUCAACGACUUCACCUACGACUAUGACAUCGCGGUGCUCGAGCUGGAGCGGCCUGUCGAGUACAGCAGCACCGUGCGGCCCAUCUGCCUGCCCGCUGCCACGCACGUCUUCCCUGUGGGCAAGGCCAUCUGGGUCACCGGCUGGGGCCACACCUAUGAGGGAGGCACUGUGGUGCUGGUCCUGCAGAAGGGAGAGAUUCGUGUCAUCAACCAAACGACCUGCGAGAAGCUGAUGCCACAGCAGAUCACGCCGCGCAUGAUGUGCGUGGGCUACCUGAGUGGGGGCGUGGAUGCCUGCCAGGGCGACUCCGGGGGCCCGCUGUCGAGCGUGGAGGCAGACGGCAGGAUCUUCCAGGCUGGUGUGGUGAGCUGGGGUGAAGGCUGUGCCCAGAGGGACAAGCCAGGCGUGUACACGAGGAUCCCUGUACUGCGGGACUGGAUUAAAGAGCAGACUGGGGUGUAGAAGCAGGGACCAUCCACCAGCCACCCCAACGUGCACCCUGCGGGCUGAGAACAGGGUCAGGACCUGUACCCCCGGAGCCCAGACUGAGCGGAAUCCCCAGGACUCUGGAGAUGGUGGACCCGCCUGCAGAGCCUCUCACCUCUGUCAGCCUCCAAGGACCGGACAGAGGUGGGGGCGGGAGUUUACCUGCGAUGCCCGGGAGCAGAGGCUUGAAGACCAGAGCCUCUCUCCUCCAGCCUUAGGCGAGGCCGAGGCUCCUUCUUGAAGAUCUGCUUCCUCUGCCUCUCUGACCCAGGAACAGCUGUGACAUUGCAUCUGGGUGGGGCUGGUGGGGCGCUGUGGGCUCCUAGGGACACGUUCUUCCGGAAACCCGGGUCAGAGGACCCUGGAAGACUGACAGGUCCACGAUCUGAAUGGUUUCGCCAGCUCCCGGGGUGGAGUUCAAAGUGUGUAUUUGUGUGAAUGAGUAAAAUACUUUAUUUCUUUUUA